AUGAUAGCUGUAGGGGCUCUGCCUCAUGCCUCAAGUACGGUUUCUAUUGCUAAGUGUCCUGUUGGUCAACCCCUUUCUAUUCUCCACAAGUAUUACCAGCCAGGCGAUUCCAUCAUUGCAGGCAUUUUCUCUCAGAUCUACAUUUUUUCAAGUCCAAUCAGCUUUCAGAAGCAGCCUUCUGAGGAGCGCUUUGAUGACCUUGUGAUGUUUACUCAGAAUUACCAGCACAUCCUGGCCUUGGAAUUUGCUGUGAAGGAAAUCAGUGAGAAUCCCCAACUCUUACCCAAUGUCAGUUUGGGCUUCCACAUCUUAAACAGCUAUUUUUUCGCAAGGUGGACCUAUCUUGCCUCUCUGGAACUUCUCUCCACGCAGGACAAAUUCAUCCCUAAUUACAAAUGUGAUCGUCACAGUGGCAUCGUGGGAGUCAUUGGGGGACCUAAUUCUGAAGUCUGUCUCCACAUGACAAACAUCCUCAGCACCUACAAAAUUCCACAGAUCUUAUAUGGCUCAUCUCCAAUAAUAAAUGACAAAACCAAAGAAGAUUUCUUCCACCAGAUGUUUCCAAAUGGGACCCAUCAGUAUAUGGGGAUUCUUGAGUUGCUGCUGCACUUCAAGUGGACCUGGAUUGGUGUGGUUGCUUUUGAUGAUGACAAUGGGGAGAUUUUUAAACAGGAUAUACUUCCCAUAUUUUCUUUACAGGGUAUUUGUGUGGAGUUCUUAGAAACAAUGCCCAAAAUGUCUUUUUCAAGUGACAUUGUUGAAACAGCAAUGGAAUGGUUUGGAACUUCACAUCUUGUCACAGGAAGUACUGCCAAUACUGUUAUUAUACAAGGUGAAAUACAUACUAUCAGUAUCUUAAGAUUAAUUUUCCACUUUGCACAAUUUUAUGAUAUAACAGCUGAGAGCCGAGUGUGGAUUAUGAUUGCCCAGAUGGAUUUUGCAUCUCCUGGGUUUCAAAGAGAUUGGGACAUACAUUUCCUCCAUGGGGCUCUAUCAUUUGCUAGCCAUACAAAUUAUCCUAGAGGAUUCUUGAAAUUUCUGAAGGAAAGAAACCCUCUCUCAGAAAAUAGAGAUGGCUUUAUCAGAGUCUUCUGGAAAGAUGCAUUUAAUUGUGAUUUCUCAGAUUCCACUCUAGACAAAGAGGCUGACAAUAUCUGCUCUGGGGAUGAAAAGUUGGAGGCUCUACCUGGGACUUUGUUUGACACAAGCAUGUCUGGCCACAGUUAUAGCAUCUACAAUGCAGUUUACAUUAUGGCAUAUGCUUUGCAUGCAAUGAUUUCAUCCCAGUCAAAACAAAGAGCAAAGGUGAAAUGGAUAAGACAAGGUCGAUUAAAUGAAGAACCAUGGAAGGUAUUUUGCAGAACAAUAUAG